GUUUUAGUACGGCGUCCGCGCACCCGAGGCGUCGGAUUCUGUAGCCGGCGCGAUCGAUUCAUUCCGUUUUUUUUUCUCAACAAUACACUGUCCGACCACGCAAGUUUUUAACAGUGAACAAUGACAAUACCUAGUGCAUCGUGUUGUAUACAAACUAAGUGAUUUCUGUUUCUGUGAGAUUUAUCAAGUGAUAGUUCUUUUUUUUCGCAUUCAGCAACUUUUGCUGUUUGCAUCCGAAUCCUGUGAGGUACGGGUGAAAUUGGUAUUGGUCUCGUGGUUCGUCUGAUACUCGUACCAAUUGGUCCAGUCAAGUUCAUUGUCGUGGUUAUCUCGAUUCAAAAACUGAAGCGAGGGUAGUCUGCGCAGCAUGCGUGGUGUGACGUAACCAAUGGCGACCGCCCGCCCCCGCUCCCCGCAAGAUGGCCUCCGAAGACGACGCGAGCUCUCCAGGUCCCCUGUCGCCGUACGUGACGCUGGGCGCCGUGCGCUACACCGUGCGCCGCGUCCCGCCGCCGCGCGCCUGCCCCUGCCGCUGCUGCUCCGAGGAGGCGGUGGCGGCGUGCCUCGGCCGCGCCAAGCCCGACCGCCGCACGCUGGAGCGCUUCCAGCGCCGCCUGGGCCGCGGCUCGCGCGACGACGCCCGGGCCUCGCGCCACCAGCUGCUGCGCGACCUCACCGAGCGGCUCAAGCCGCGCCCGCCGCCGCCGCCGCCCCCGCCGCCGCCGCACUCGGCGCCCGUGCUGCCGCCCGUGCCGCCGCCGCGCACGCGCCACCGGCACAGCCCGCCGCGCGGCGUCUCCGUCGACCGCUGCGACGACUUCGACGCCGACAACAUCACUCUGGUCCGCGUCGAGCCGCGUUCCAUAGUGGGCUCGUACGCGCAGAAGACUAUUCCGUACCGCAGCGCGUCGUUCUCGCAGGGUGAUUUCGCGCAGGAUAAGUAUUACCGCGGGAAACAACCUUCGAUUUUCGACUUCGGCAAACGGACGAAGAGAAAAGAGGAGGUCGAGUCGCCGCCGGGCCGCGAUUACACGAGUGUGACGGAGGAAAAUGUGACAGAGGGCGGGUCGGUCGCGUCGGUGGACUCGGCGGUGGGCUCGGACGAGGGGCUGGUGGGGCACGCGGCGCCCGCUGCGCGCAGCUCGCCGCCCGACGCGCCGCACAAGCCUCUGAGCGGGCGCUCGCUGACGCACCCGCUGCCGCGCCGCACGCCGCCCGCGCGCGACGACGGCUCCGUCGACGGCGGCGGCAGUCUCCCCGCGUUGAUGCCGCCGCGUGUUCUCCACGAACUCCGCGAAGAAAGUGACGGCUCGCAAGCCGACAGUGCCCAGGCGCACAGCGAAGGAACUUCCCCUUUCGAACCCGCUCAGCCUUUCGCGUUUCCUCCCCUCCCGGACCCACCUGCCACUUGUGAGAAUGUAGACUGUGAGUGUGUGAACUAUCCCCCUCGGAAGGAUUCCGUGAGUGAUUUUGAGGACGCGGUCCCUUUGCCUGUGCCCGUUUAUGAGUGUAUAGUGAAACAGUGGUCGAACGAUUUACCGGAGGAAGCCCAGCGUUCGGAUGUUGCCUCUGACGAGUCUUUAGAUAGGGACAAAGAGGAUGAGACUAUAACGAGUGAGAAAGUUGCAACCAUAUUAGCUGCAGUGCAGAAUCCUUGUUCUCCAGCGCCGAUAAGUGUGAGAGAGAGACGAAGGCCGCUCGAUAAGACGAAACGGAGAAAAGGCAUCUAUAUAACCACGGCGAGCGACGACGGAGGUGAGGAUGAUCCUCCCAAUUCUUCAGUAAACGGAUCAAAGCGUGAAAGCAGUGACGUGUCUCUUUCAGAUAUGCGUUUGUCGGCCGAAGCCCGAACGUCGUCGUUGCUCGGGGAUAAAUCUGACGAUUCUUUCACGAACGGUCCUCCCAGUCCUAGCGAAGGAUCGAUGCCGAUGUGGCCGAGGUCGGAAGAGUUGAGGACUAGACGGGCGAGGUUCUCCCAUCAAAGUUCAGAUGAAAGGGAAGAAGACACGUCGUGUCGUGUAAGGAGAAAAUAUGGGGUCACGUCUCGUGGGGACUCUCCGUCUGAAGCGGAGAGCGAUUCUUGCUCACGAGAUCGAACGGCCUCGCCUUCUCCAUACAGCCCGUCGGACGCCUCUGACGUAGAACAGAGGAGACAGUUUCGCAGAGGUCCGUUUGGGAAGACCUUAGAAGCGCCUUCGAAUCGAUCGGUUGAAGGCGGACGGCGGAGCUUUUCAGAUGCAACAGUUCCAAGUCGAAAGAUAAGCGCCGGUGCAUUAUCAAACUCGAGCAAUAGGUCUAAAGGAGCUACGCAUGUGAGAGCUACAUCGUCGCCGUCGAAGUUGGCAGGAGUGAAGUCUGGCACGGACUUGUUAGCUGAACUCCUCCGAGGCAGUUCCGAAGCGCUGUCGAACUCUGCGACCUUCGACAACGUGAUACUGACUCUGCAUCAGCACAAUGACACGCGAACGCACGUCGUGGUCGAACUCUAUGAGACUGAGAAGUCUUAUGUCGAGGCAUUGGAGAUUUUAGUUAAGAAAUACCUCCAACCACUCAAAAGCCCAGAGAAUGCUGGACUCCUCGACGCGUUCGUUGUAGAUGAGAUAUUCUACCAAGUGCCGGCUAUCCUGAACGUGCACCAAGUAUUCCUGGAACAGCUGAGGCGAAGGCUGGAACAAUGGGACCUGCAGCAGAAAAUUGGAGACGUCUUCUUAGAUGUGUUUACGAAACCCACCGUAAUGGACACGUACAUGUCCUUCAUAAACAAUCUGAAGAAAGCGAAAGAAACCAUCAAGACGUCUGCAGCAUCGAGGCCAGCAUUCGCAAAGUUUCUAGAUGCUAUGGCGAGAGAUCACAAAGGAAAGCUGUCGUUGGAUAAUCUUCUCAUCAAGCCAGUACAGAAGUUUCCGAGCUACAAGUUGCUUAUACAGAGGCUGAUCAAACACACAGAUCCAUCACAUCCAGACCACAAACUGCUAGUCGAAGCGCAGAAGGAAAUACACGAUCUAUUAGAACUAAUAAACUGCACUGAAAGAGAAAGCCUAGAACUGGAACAACAGCAGCAAACUUUACGGGAGCUGGAACAAAUGAUCGAGGGUCUAUCAAACUUGGUCACAGCAGACAGGAUGUUUAUCAGACAUGAGAUGGUCACUAUGCCCUCAGCUCAAGGGACCAAUAAAGAUAGAGCCCUGUUCCUCUUUAAUGACACACUUUUGAUUACUAGUGCUAAAAGGAGGACUGGAACUAUCAAGAAACCUAUUCCAACAUACCAAAGUAGUAUAGCGAGUCAAAUGGAAGGAAAUAAAUACAAACUCCUGACGAGGAUAUCAUUAGCUGAUUUAGAAAUUGUUAAAGCCAAAGAUGAGAAUCUUAGGCGGAUAAUGCACGAAGUAGAAACUCUAACAGAAGACGUCAAUACUCUUACUCAAAUAUCUGAACACGUGGCAGCAUUGCAUAGUCAACACUCACAUCUAGAAGAGAUCGUGAGAGAAAUGCUGCAUACAGUCAACCGACAGUUAUCAGAGAGGCAGAAUAGCGAUACACAGUUGUGCUAUAUGGAAAUAAGCGUAAACACUUCGAGCGGCCCUGAGAGCCUUACCAUUAUAUUCCCUAAAACGGAAAAAAGAAGUAGUUGGGAGGAAUUGAUAAAUGAGACUAAACAAAAACUUUGUGUAUAUGGUCAAGAAAGACCAGCUCCUGAAUUCUUGUCGCCAGUUCCAAUACGAAAGACUCGUGCUGGUCUACAGUUUACUUGCGCCGCUCCUACGCUCCCGCCUAAAGGGCAAUCGCCUGAUGUUUGGGUUUGCAACAGCGAUGGAUACGUUGGCCAAGUCUGCGUUCUCACGCUGUCCCCGAAGCCGCAAGUCACAUCUUGCAACGGAGUGUGUAACGCAAGGAUUCUAUGUGUAGCGUGCGUGCCACCAGCGCCGGCGCUUGCCAGGCAACAGACUUUGGAUAUACCAAGUACGAGUUCCCUGAACAGUACCGGAUCAAUAAAGCCUGGCAUCAGCAUAUCGGAUCCAAAUGAGAGCUGCAAGAAUAUCCGUCUGGACAGUUCAUCAUCAAGCGACGAUGAAGACGACGGGUCGUCGACAUCUGAAAACCAGGACGCCCUCUCCGAACGAAGUCAGGAGUCUGCGAGCCUCCGCCUUCACAGCAGUCUGACCUCCAGUCUAGGCAACCAUCGCGCAACCCUCACCCCCAACCACAGCAAGAGCCUCAGCACCCCACACACGGGGCAGAGCAUCCCCGUACACCCCGUCAUGAAGUCCAAUUCCAACCCCGCUGUUGACAAGCAAGCUAUGGGGAUCACUUCUGUUCCUGGGCGUAUAAUGGCUGGUACUCUCUCAUCGCCCGCCAGCCGCCAAUCAUCAGAGGAUAGUGCUACUACAGCCAACCAGCCGACGAUGUGGCUCGGCACGGAGGAUGGCUGCAUACACGUCUACAACUGUCUGGACAAUAUACGGAUCAAGAAGAAUAAGUACAAGUUGCAGCAUAAUUCGGGAGUGCAUUCCAUUGUUUUUAUGGAGGGAAAGGUGUUUGUUGCCCUUGGAAACGGCGAUCUUGUGGUGUACUGUCGAGACAUUGACGGGUCGUGGGCGGAACGCUCGACCAUCCCCGUGGGCACGGGGUCGAGCCCCGUGAGCAGCAUGCUGCUGUCGGAGGGCAAGCUGUGGUGUGCCACGCACUCCACCAUCAAAAUCAUAAACCCGCAUUCUUUGCAGGUGGACGAAACAUUCCAAAUAAGUUCAGAGACCAAACCAAUCAGCCACAUGGCGGUGGCGGGCGGCUCCAUCUGGCUGUCGCUGCACAACGCGGCGCAGUUACGCUGCUACCACGCCACCAGCCGCGACCAGCUCGCCGAGAUCAACAUAACGCCGCAAGUCACCAAGAUGUUACAUGGUUGCGACGACAUAAUCCGGCAGCACAAGGCGGCGUGCCUCCGGGUGACGGCAUUGCUUGCUCACCGCGACACGCUGUGGGUGGGCACCAGCGCCGGUGUACUCCUCACUGCUCCGCUGCACAACUCGCCCAACGCACGCACCGGGACCUUCACUGUUCCACAGCUUAGUGGUAUCACUUACGGUCACACCGGCCAUGUGCGAUUCCUGACAAUCGUCGAAAACCCGGUGCCCCACAAACCGGCAACAAAACCGACACAAAGUCUCAAAACCAAAGCACUAAGCCGACGAUCCACCAACGCCGAAAAACUCCAGAAACAAACAGAGAAUACACAGACAAACAAAGAAACCCUGAUCAUAUCCGGUGGCGAUGGUUACGAGGACUUCAGGAGUUCAUCCAUGACAGAAGACGCCGGCAGAGAGGAUUCCACCAAUCACCUUCUUCUUUGGAGGGUAUGAACGAAUUUUACGGCCUACAGGGGUUUUCAUGGUUUUAAUACGAUACUGAGACAGUUUGUUUCAGCUUUUAACUUUAUUGUUGUCGUAAAGGCUUUGUCACUGAGGUGCGAAAUUCCGCAAUGCCGGGUUUGAUGUGUUUCAGGAGUUGAUGAUGUGUGCAGGAGAUACAGAGGUCGCCAUUUUAUGUGUAUGACACUAAGUAAUUACACAAUUACAGGCAAAUAGUCGGGCGUUUUGUAGGACCAGUUCCUAGAUAAUGUGUCUGGUGUAAUUUUUAAUCUAUGGUUUUCCACCAAGAUCAGGUGGGCUUAAUUUUGUUAGCCUGUUAAUAAAAUAUGUUUGCGUAAUGCCUUUCCAAAUUUAAUAAUAUAUCGAACAAAAUAUACUUAGAGUUGUAGCAGUAUUGCAGAAUUCUAUUACUUAGUUAGCACGAAGAGUUGUAAUUUUGCUGUUUAGUGGCUGUAUAUGGGUUUUACAAUUCAGAUGUAGUACAGUGGUAUUGAGAUUUCGCAUCUGCUUGAGAUAGUCUUAAAUGUUUUAGAAAAUGUGACUAUAUUUAAUGAUAUAAUCGAAUUGAUGACAUGUUGAACAGCCUAACAUUUUACCAGUACUUUUAUUUUAAAUUAUACUCGUAAUCGAAAUUUUCCACCUUUAUUUGAAAAAAAAAAUCAAUUUUGAUAUACUUACUUAAAAUAUAUUUUAAACUUACUUAAGAUGGUUAAAAUUGUUUUGCGCGUUCUAGCAUAGAUAGAGUUUCUAUAUUGAGAUUAUUAAUUAAAGUUUAAAUUAAUAUAAGUUAGGACAUCAAAUGUCCAAAUUAUUAUGAACAAUUUAUUAGAUGAAAAAAAAAAUUAUAUUGUGUGUCAAUAUGCAGUUUCUAACAUCGUGCAGUAUUAUUAAAGGUGUCAUAAGCUAGAUAUUGGAAUAUUAACGGCCUCGUCCCCUGUUUUUGGAAAUACAAUCAUUGAUCAAAAUUAGAUCAUUUUGAUUUAUGUCAACCUGCGAUAUAAUAUGCGAUGCAUUGUCGUUGAUCGUUGUUUUGAUCAACCUUUCAGAAACUGGGGACUCAUAGUACCUAAUUGGUGUUUUAUAUCACAUGGAAAGUAUGUUUUUAGAAAAAUUUAUUACGUGUACCUAUUUAACCAUAUCGAUGUAACAUAUACGACCGUUUUGCUAUACAUAAGAAAAUAGUUGUGGCAAUUUUUACUAGUUUAAACAGUUUUGAAAACGGGCUACAUUUAUUGCACUUCUAUAACUUGCUGUCUAUAAUCCGGCAAUCAAAAGUUGCAUAUCGAAACAGCCUCUUAGGGGCAAAAACUUAAAAAUAGAAAUAAAAUUUCCAAAAAGUAUAAGCCUUUAUAUAUCGAUAUAUUAAACUCUCUAGAUAAUAUGUUACCGCCGUGUUGCAUACUACUGUACAAAUCAUUACAAUUUUUGGAAAACCUUUAUAAAUGUAGAAUCAAUGGAAAAUAAUAUAACUGUAUGGUGUUUUCUCUGCUUUUCACAAUAUGUGAGUUUAUUGUUCUCACGAGAUCUCUUACUAUAUGUAUAUAUAUUACGUAAUAUUAGAAAUAUAUAUUAUAUGCCAUAUGUACGUAUAUCUCUUAAUAUGUGUAUGUACCUUAAUGUAAUAGGAUAUACAAGUCAAUGUGAAGCUUAUAAAAUACAGAGUUUGAGAAAUUUGUUGCUCAAAAUGUUGUUUUUUUAUGUUACCUACCGGUAAAAUUAUAGUCAGAGCAAAAUUUUACAUUGUAUUUUAAUAUAUAAAUGUGAAUGAUGUAGUAUCUGUAAAAAUGAAGCUGUACGGAUGAAUUAAAUGAAAUCGCACUUAAA